AUGGAAAUGAUGGAUGAGGAUACGCCCGUCUAUUUCUGGGAUGCCGCCCGCUUCGUGGCCAUCAACAAGGAGCUCUACACGUCGAAAAGCGAGGCUCGAGCCGCCGAGGUGCUGGCCCACGUCGCCAACGUGGACAUCGAGACCGUCGACCCGGAGGCGAUCAUCGACGCGAAGGACCUGAUCCUGCUGGCCAUGCGGACGAUCGGCGCCGAAGGGCUGCUCGUGCGUCAUCAGAUGGAACUGCUGAGCGUGUUGAACAAGUUGCCGGCGCCGUUCGUCGACGUGAUGGCCGCCUUCUUCGUCAACGCGCAUGCGGCCCGCCAGAUGAUCCAGCUCGGCGCGCUGGCCGUCGCCAUCGCCUUCGCGCGCCGCGUCCAGGAGGAGGAGUGCGCCGAGAAGAUCGCGGAGUUGCUGGGGCCGAUCGCGCAAGUGCCCGAGCUCCACCACGAAAUGAUGCACCAGCUCGGCAACACGCGCAACGCCGAGCGCCGCUUCCGGGUUUAUGAGGUGCAACUCGCUGCCUGCCGUGCCUCCAACGUCUACCCAGCCAUGGCCGAAUACAUGCAGCACAUAAUAAAGGAACUCGAAGGCGACGACGUGCUCACGCAGCUCACCACCAUGGACUUCCUCACCUCAAUCGCCAUGACUGGGCCGCUGGGAGGCCGGCUCUUGAAGGAGUCCGACGCGUCGACCGUCUUCUACAAGCUGCUGCUCGCCUCCAAGGAGUCACCCGACGGCGGCUUUGUGUAUCCAGGUUGCGUGCAGUACUUCGGGCAGCUGGGGCGCAUCUCCCCCGAAGAGUUGGGCGAGUACCCGGUGUUCCUCGACACCGUCGUGGAUAUGGUAGCGCAUUUUGAUCGUCUCGACCCGUCGCUACGCGCCGCCGCCUUCGACACGUUCGCCAACAUCGCCUUCAGCGACAAGGGGAAGGCCGUUCUCGAGAAGCACACCGCCGACGAAGCCGUGGCGAAGCGCUGGUUUGAAUGGCUUGGCCAGCCAUUCGCUCGGCUUUUCUUUGGAUACCUUCAGCAACCGUUCGAGAACAUGAGACGUGCCGCGUUCACGGCCCUCCACGCCCUCAUGGGCUUCGAGUUUGGCAAGGAGGCGAUGUUUGAAGUGAAUGGGUUCAUCGACUGGCUGUGCAACCCGGGCACGGAGACGGUGUGGGAAAUCUGCCAAGAGAAGGACGACCUCGUGCGCGCCCUCAUCCAAUCGCCAUCGCCCGCCGUCACCCCGGAGCUGCGCCAAAAGCUUACUCGGUACUUCGUGAAGGAGAAGGCCGAUCCGCAAGUGGCCAUGGCGAACAUC